AUGAACUACCCUAAGAAGCCCAAGAGUCCUGGUCCUGUAGGCCACAGACCUAGCUCAAGGGGGGGGCCCUCAGCCUCCACAUCAGGCCCAUCAGAGAAGUACAAGGACUAUGCUGCCAUUGUAAUAGACACGGGCACUGGUUACACAAAGAGUGGCCUUGCUGGGGAUGAGAAGCCAAGAUCCAUUGUGCCAAGUGUUGUGGGGGUGCCCAGGUACAGGACAAAGGAAAGCCCAUUGUAUUAUAUUGGGAAGAGCAUCCCACAACGGCGAGCAGAGGUGAGUACACAUGUGGUAAUGACCCAUGGUGUAGUGACAGACUGGGAUGCCCUAGAGAUGCUGUGGCAUCAUGUCUUCUACACAGAACUCAGUGUGUGUCCUGAAGAGCUGGCUGUGCUGGUCACAGAUGCUCCCAUGUCCCCAACUACUAAUCGUGAGAAAAUGGCUGAGCUGCUCUUUGAGAACUUUGAAGUGCCAGCUAUGUUCGUGGCCCACCAGUCUCUUUUGUCAGUGUAUUCCUAUGGGCGCACUGGUGGGCUGGUGAUUGGCUCUGGCUAUGGAACGUCCUACACUGCUCCUGUUCAUGAUGGAUACAUCUUACCUCAUGCCACGUACCGACUGGACAUAGCAGGCCAUGCCCUGACAGAAUACCUAGCCAAGCUGAUGGGAGAAUCUGGGAACCCUUUUCAUAAGGAGGAAAUGGAGGUGGUAUGCCAGAUCAAGGAGAAGUACUGCUAUAUCCCUGAGGAAUACGAGUCUGAACUGAAUGCAGAUGAGAAGAAAUACCUCGUGGACUACACCCUUCCUGACAGGCAGGUUAUCUCCAUUGGCAAUGAACGCUUCCGCUGCCCAGAGGUCCUCUUCAAUCCUACCAUGCUGGGCUUCCCAGAGGUGGGGCUUCACGUCCAAGCCAUAAACAGCAUCAAGAAAUGUAAGCCAGAGCUACAAGCAGCGCUGCUUUCUAAUGUGCUGCUGGCUGGUGGUACCACCAUGCUCCGUGGAUUCUCUGAGAGAAUUAAAAAGGAGCUGCACAAAAUGGAGCCAGCGAGCAAGGAGGGUAUCUUGGCUUCCCCCAACCGCAUCUUCUCUGCCUGGUUGGGGGGCUCCAUUGUGGCCUCACUCAACUCUUUCCAGAAUAUGUGGAUCAACCGGCAGGCCUACAAUGAGAAGGGUCCUUUCAUCGUCCACCGGCACUGCUUCUGA